AUUUUUAGAAAAUAUCUAAGCUCUGUAGGUCCAUACAAUGCAAGUGAAUGGGUACCAAAACUUUUAAGGUCCACAAAUCAAACAGGCAGCAUAAAAGUAAACCAUUUGACUCCAGUGGUUUAAUAUAUGUCUUCAGAAGCGAUGCAAUCACUUUGGGUGAGAAACAGAACAAUAUUUAAGUCCUUUUUUACUAUCAUUCUCCACUUUCACUAUCUUCAUUUGUUUUUGACGAUUUGCGUUCUUAAUGCAUAUAGCCACCUACUGUGCAGGGAGGAGAAUUUAUAGUAAAAAAAAAGACUUAAAUGUUUAUUUGUUUCUCACAAACACCUAUCAUAUCUCUUCUAAAGACAUAGAUUUAACCAUUGGAGUACAUUUACGCUGCCUUUAUCUGCAUUUUGGAGCUUCAAAGUUCUGGUGACCAUUCAUAUCUGGUGAGAUAUUCUUCUAAAAAUCAUCUUUGUUUGUGUUCUGCUGAAGAAAGUCGUACACAUCUGGGAUCGAAUGAGGGUGAGUAAAUGAUGAGAGAAUGUUCAUUUUUGGGUGAACUAUUCCUUUAAUGAGUCAGUGAGUGCAAAACAAAAGCUUGAGUUGUGAAUUUGAUUUCUACAGGACUGGCCAGUUCUAUGCUGACCUUUAGAUGACCUUGUUGUGAGGGCAGCAAGACCCUGGACUGAUCUGUGGCAUUCACUAUGUGCCAAACUACAGUUAUUAAUAAACUGUCUGUUGUUGGUGUGUAAACUGCAAUAAUAUCCCUAUCAAAAGGGGAGGAAAAUACCUAGAUGAGUGUGUCAUUGUGUGCCAUGCCGUGCCAAUCCUCUUAAUUUGAAACAGAGCAAGAAGUAAAUGGGUAGAAAAGGAAUAGUUUACCCAAAAAUGAAAAUUAUGUCAACGUUUACUCAUUCUCAUGUUGUUAAACCCGUAUGACUUCCUUUCUUCCAUGGAAUACAAAUUAGAUAACAGGCAGAAUGUUAGUCUCAGACACCUUUCAAUUUCAUGCAGUUCAAUGAAAUUGAGUAGCAACUGAGGCUGCUCCACAAAAGACAUACAGGUUUGGAACAACAGGCAGAUGAGUAAAUGACACACUUUUCAUUUUUGACUGAACUAUACCUUUAAUGAACAUGUUAAAAUGAAAUUGCGCAAUGACUUGUUUAAACAAUGGCUCCUCAUUAUCCUUGGGCCUUUUUAUAGCAUGGUAACAAGAGAGAGCAGCUGCCCUUCACCCCCCCCCCACCAGCUCCUCUUAUCGUCAUUUUUAACUCUCAGACUUAGGAACAUAUUCAAGCUGUCAUCUCUCUGACUCGCAUACAAAAUCAACAGCACCCCUUACAUACUGACAAACAGACCCAGUUCAUCGCACAACUUUGUCAUGGCGGACAAAAAGGACAGCAGGACCCCCAGCAAAGGAGGUCUGAUUAAAAAGAAAGAGAAGAAAGUGGAGAAAACGGAAAGUAAACCUGAGAAGGAGAAAGAAAAGGACAAAGAUAACGAUGAGAAGAUGAAAAAAAAGUCAGAGAAGACUGCAGAAAAUCAGCAAAACAGUAUUGAUAAGCCUCAGGGAAAUGGGGAGAUAGAAGAAGGAGCCCAGGGUCCUGUCAAAGAUGAGGAGUUUCAGCUGGAGCCUAUUGAGCUACCUCCAUUUGAGAUCAUUGUAGGAGACAGGAUGAACCCCACCUUCUUUAAAUUUCAAUUUAAAAACGUGGAAUAUUCUUCAGGGCGCAACAAGACCUUCCUGUGCUACCAGGUAGACAUACAAGGAGGCACUACAGAGACAGAUGGCCUACGUGGUUACCUGGAGGAUGAGCAUUCAGGCUCACACGCUGAAGAAGUCUUCUUUCAACAGGUGCUGGCCUUUUAUGACAAGUCACUUUGCUACACAGUAACCUGGUACACUUCUUCGAGUCCUUGUGCAACCUGUGCUGCUAAGCUUGUAGAGAUCUUGCGAUCACGCAAAACAAUGCGCCUGAAUAUCCACUGUUCCCGCCUCUUCCAGUGGGAGGAACCAGAGAUACAGGCUGGACUACAGGCACUAGUUAGGGCAGGGUGUAAGCUACGCAUGAUGAGACCUUUGGAUUUUGCCUAUGUUUGGUCUGCUUUUGUAGAGAAUGAAGAAGAUAGCUUUAUAGCCUGGGAGGACUGUCAAGAAAGCUAUGAAUAUUAUGAUGAGAAGCUGUGUGAUAUUCUUAAGUAGGGUAGGUAAGGAAUUGCUGCUGGCUAUUGAUUGAUACUGUCUAUACAGCCUGACCACAGCCAUAAGAAAAUUAUUAAAAUCACCCUGCAACUAUAGCAGUGUCUUCUUUCUCUUUCAUCAAAGUUUAUUGUGUGACAUCACACGUUUGAUUUUCUUGCUUGGAUAUUAGGCUUGAAAUUAUUUCAGGGGUGUUUCAAAUAUAUGGGAACAUUUUUAUUUUACUGCGGAUAUUUUUCUGCAAAUAACUGGAAGCCAAACAUAUGGGUGUAGUCUUAAAUGCAAGCAUGCAACAUGCUAUCAUUAUUCAAAUAAUUCAGGAAAAAUGUUGGAAUAAGUACAUAUUCAAAACUGGUCUUGAUUUGGUUAUUUUGCAACCCAAAUAUAGUCUGCUAUAAUGAUUGUGUUUAAAUGUUUACGUUUUUGUCUUUUCAAAAUGAUUUUUGAAAAUAUACAUCAUGCUGAAUAGUCUCUUUGUAUGUUAAUAAAAUAUGACUAUUUCCUA